CGGCAGGUGCACUUUAAAACACCCGUGAGUGUGUGUAUACGUCUAUACGCACGAUACGAAACAUAAUAUAUACGUGUGCGUUCUUGGUGUAUGUUAUACGUAAAAAAAUAUAUACAAAAAUAAAAAAUACACUCGAUGUAAUACCGGAGCUGUAUCGCGCGUGGGCGUUUUAUUAUAUUAUUUUACUCUUUUCGUGACUUGCGUCGUGUGUCCCCCGUUCGCGAUUGACAAUUUCGAUUGACGUACGAGUGUUGUUUUUUUUGUACCCAAGUGCAUUUAUGAAAAUUCUGUUGGUGCCAAGUGUGAUUCGAAUCCGAUGCAGUGAUUGUAACUUGUCCUCGUAUAAAUAAAUAGUAGUGCCUAAAUAAAAAUCGGUUCUCCUUUUCGAGACUAAACUUGAUUGUUGUUGUUGUUGUUGUUGUUGUUGUUAUCGUUGUUCAUGUUAAUUUGUGUGUAAUACUCGACUGUGCCUCUCUGUGUGACGUUAGAGUAUAUAGAAACAAAAAUAAAAAACGAAGCCAAACUGGACGUGCUUCGAGCCUUGAAUUCCGCUGCUGCUGGCUGCACCACGAGCUCGAGGCAAUCGCCGCAGUCGUCCUCGGGCGUUAAUCGCCACCUCCGUCGCAUCAAUAACAAUAACGACGUCGACGAAGACAACAACGGAAAAAUUCGCAAGAAGCCCACGUCGUCGUCUACGCCGCGAAGCACGAGCAGCGGUAGUGGCAAGUGGCCAUGUCUGAGUCGAUCACGAUCGUCGUCGGCUGCUGCCGCUGCUGCUGCUGCUGCUGCGCUACUGCUGCAGGUGCAGGAAGGAUCAUCAACAGCCGCUGCAGUGUUGUCGGCUGCUGCCACCGCCGCUUCAGCAGCUGAGCGCAACAACAGCAACGACGACGACGAGUACAGCAACAGCAGCAUGAGGGAGCUCGACACCGAGAGCCCCGUUGUUUGGCCUGCAUGGUGCUACACUGGUGAGGUAUCGCCGGAGAGUACGAGCGCGCAUCAUCAGCAGCACAGCCACCAGCACAACCAGAGCCAGCUCCAGCAGCACCGGCAUCGUCUGCAGCAGCUCCAGCACAGCAUCAUCGCGCAGUCGGCGGCCGCCGCCGGUCGGGCUAGUGGUGGUGGUGGCGCCUCCACGGCUACCGCCGAGACAGCCGCCACCUCGAUACUACACCACCCCGCCGCGGUGGUCAACAGCAGCAGCAGCAGUCCAGGCGCUCUCAUAGGCAGCCGGACGAGCGAGAUACUGGCCGCGGUGGUGGCCACGUCGACGCGACUCCAGCGAGACCAGAGCCCGAGUCUGUACAGCAACGCGAAGCAGAGCAACAGUAGUGGUGGAGGUACGGCGAGCAGUCCACAGACACCAUCGUCGAGUUUGACGCAGGCUCGUCAUCACUUGUCGGCGGCGGCUGCUGCGGCUGCGGCGACGACGACCACGACGGCCUCCAAGUCCUCGAGAGCGAGGAGAAGGACGGCUCAGUCGAAUCACAACGGCAUCGACGUACCACCCGUGAAAACCGAGCGACUGACUCCGGACAACAAUUCGACGUCGUCGCGGAGCGUAACGCCGCUCUCGUCCACGGGUCAUCCGGCCACGCCACCCAGCGGACUCACCACCUCUGCCUCCUCGUCGUCCAAUACAAAUAAUAACAACAACACGAAUAACAGUAGCAACGAUCAGCAGCAGGUCUCGACGACGGUGGCGGCGGUGGCGGCAGCCGCGGCCGCGGCCCAGCACCACCAUCAUCUCAAGUCCAUGGAGCAGAUGAUGAGCCGGAAUUACAGCGACUUCAUGAAGCAGCUGGCCGCCAAGUACAACAACACCAGCGCCGCCGUCGAAUAUCUCGGGCUGCAACCGCGCAACGGCUAUCCGGACAUCCUCGAGCCGACCAGCAGGUAUCUGCAAGCGGCCGCGGCGACGCCGUUCGUAGGUCUGCUGGCGCCGGGCGCCGCCGGCCCGACGACGACUCAGGCCGCGGCCGCGGCCGCCUCCCAGCAAGCCUCCACCGCCAAGGAUGCCAAAGAAUUAGCCACGGCCAAGUUGGCUCACCACCACCACCAGCAGAACUUGGGCUGCUCGUCGUCCUCGUCGUCGUCCCAGCACCACCACAACGACGCCUCGUCGAGUAGUAUCUUCGGCGCCGCGGCGGCCACGGCCAACUUCUGCUCCUCGUCCAUGUUCGACAUGUCCUCGACGCAGACCCUCAUGAAUCUGGUGCGCACCGCCACUGCGGCUCAGGGCGGCGGUGGAGGCUCGGCGGCCGCUACUCCCGUGGUGGAGCUCGAGAGCUACUUGAAGGGUGCCAGCAAGCGAUCGGACGCGUCGUUUCUCAGCUUUCCGCUCGAUCUAUCCAACAGCGCACUGGUGCCACGAAAGCGCUCGAGAGCCGCUCUGGAGUGCGGCAAGAGGCCGGGCAGCGUGUCGCCCAAACCGGCCAAGUUGGCGGCCUUGCAGGGUGGCUACGCCGGCAGGACGCCUACCCCGGUGCCGGCAAUUUGCUCGUCGCCGACGGCUGCCAGUUCCCUGGCCGUGCCAACGCCGCAAAUACCAAUGAGUCCUGUCCAGCAGCAGCAACAGCAGCAAAGGAGCAGCAGCAAUGCCUCGCCUACGACGACGAUCGUGCAGAAUAGCAGUCCGCCUCCUCCCGUCAGGUGUCCGACGCUCUACGGACACAUGCCCUGCGGCGACGGACAGGCCAUCGGCCGAUGGACCUGCGACGACGUGGUCGAUUACGUCGCGUCGAUCGACGCUUGCGCCGAGUACGCACAGUCAAGUGACAGCCAAGCCAACAACGACGUCAUCGUCUAUCCGACCAUCGCUUCCCUGACAGACAACCUCGGUCACCAUACCAAAAAUUCAUAUAAUUGGGCAAUUUUUUAG